AUGGCACCCUUGGCGGCGGAACCACACCAGCUCCUCGUCGUGCUCAACCCAGCGAGGCGGCGUGCCUUGUUUCAGCUCGUAGAUGAAAUCACAAAGUACAUGCGCUCGCAGCUACUUCUCCAACCGAAAGCCCAGCACAACUCUGCCCCAAGAUCACCAGGCCACGCACCACUGCGUCGUCCAAGUGGUGUUGAUCAGACCCUUGGACAGACUGGGCAUCAGCAGCAGCAGGCAGAAAGGUUACAGCUAGAGCCUGUAGAUUAUGACGUUGCCCAGAUACGCCGAGCAGCUCUUGCGCACAUUGACGAGUGGAGACUUACUGUCCUCAAGGCGAUCAAGGAAAUCGCCUCAGUCGCCGACGAUGACAAGAUCCUGCAGGCCAGGGCGGAGAGGCAGGCCAAGACGGAGCGGAGCAAAGUCGACAACCCUCGCCGUGGAGGGGAUUUGAUGGAUUUUGGCGAUGGUACCCAUGCAACCGAUUCAAAAGACGAACAUCAGGACCAGGAUCCGGACCUGGCCUCCUUUCAAGCUUUGUACCACCCCAUACCUACACGUCUGAGCACGAUCCCGCGGGAAGACCGCGAAGAGACACUCAGCUGUGUUCUUGUGACCAUCAUAUCCAGCGGAGCAUAUGCCGCCCAUUCUCGGACUCUGGCCUGCUAUCUUGCGUCGGCCCUCAACCUCCCGCUGGCCGUGCUGGUAGGAGAAGAGACCGAGAUUGCCAAUUCUUUGGUGGAGUCGUCUACUUCAGACGAGGCCAAAAAGCAGCAGAGAGAACUCAUGUCUGCCGAAGCUGAGGCCGAGAAGCGACGCAAGGAGGGCCAGGCCGGACGUUUCUGGAAGGUUGGAUUAGCCUCUGUCGCUGGCGCUGCGGUUAUCGGCAUCACGGGUGGAUUAGCUGCCCCCGUUGUUGCUGGUGCCAUUGGUGGGCUGAUGGGCAGCGUAGGUUUGGGAGGAUUAGCAAGUUUCCUUGGUGUAUUUUGGAUGAAUGGUGCUUUGGUUGGUACACUUUUCGGUGCCUAUGGGGCCAAGAUGACGGGUGAGAUGGUGGAUCAAUACGCGCGCGAGGUUGAAGACUUCGGCUUUCUUCCUCUCAAAGAGGAGUGGGGUCGAGAGUAUUCACAAACUGAAAAGGGUUCUAGACGCUUACGCGUCACCAUAGGCAUCAAUGGCUGGCUCAACACUAAAGAAGACGUCACCAAGACCUGGCGCUCGCUCGGCGACGAUUCUGAGGUCUUUGCUUUGCGGUAUGAGAUGGCAAGUCUUCUCGCUCUGGGGAACUCUCUCGAGACUCUUGUCACAUCUUAUGCGUGGUCUAUGGUCAAGUCGGAGAUUAUUCGACGAACAGCAUUAGCUGCACUGGGAGCAGCAUUGUGGCCCAUUGCCCUGCUGAAAACGGCUUCCAAUGUCGAUAACCCCUUCAGCCGCGCAAAGAAUAGAUCUGAAAAGGCCGGCAUGAUCCUCGCCGAUGCGCUCAUCAACAAGGUUCAGGGCGAACGGCCUGUUACCCUGAUUGGAUACUCGCUUGGUGCCCGUGUUAUCUACUCAUGCCUCGAAUCACUCGCAGAGAGAAAGGCCUUUGGGCUGAUUGAGCAGGUUGUGCUCAUUGGAGCCCCUAUUCCCUCUGACCUCGAUCGCUGGCAAAAGAUUCGGAGCGUCGUUUCAGGCAAAAUGUUCAAUGUCUACUCCGAGAACGACUUCAUCCUGGCCUUCCUGUACCGAGCAACGAGCAUUCAGCUUGGCGUCGCUGGUCUUCAGCCGGUCACAGAUGUAGAUGGUGUUGAGAACCUUGACCUGAGCGAUGCAGUCAGCGGACACCUGCGCUAUCCCGGACUCGUCGCCAAGAUACUUACUCGCUGUGGUUUUCCUGGUGUUAAAGACGGCAAGGGAUCCAUUGAAGAAGACAAGGAGGCUAUUCAGAUGCGGGACGACGAUGGCGGCCACAAGACUGGAAGCCUUAUUGAUUUUGAGGAACCCAUAGCAGGCAAGGGUGGAGCGAUUUCACAAAACACACCGGGCAACCAGACAUUGGCACACAGGCCUAGCAUGAACACUGUUCCGAGGUCAAACUCGGAGAUGCUAUUACAACAGAUGCACCCUUUUGGGGGCUUGGAGCGUAUGAACCAGCAAGGGAAAGCUGUUUCGGCCAGCGCGCCCCAGCUUCCAGGCCUAGGAGCAUCUGCGUCUCCAUCUAUGCUGGAAAAUGCCAGCUUUAACUCUAACAAUGCAGGUUCUUUAUCGAGGGAUGAUGAGCCGAAGCCUACAUCAAAGUCUCUGCCAAAGCCACCGCCUCAAGAGAAUAGUGGAGGUGAAGACGGUAACGAGGGCCACACUGGAAUUCAAAUGAUCGACAAGAACGAACUUGACGAAGCUGCCCCGCCGCCUCCUCCAAAAUGA